AUCAAGUAAAAACAAAAAACAUUAUUUAUGUUGCAUUCGCCGCCAUGGGAAACUGGGAAACGCAUAAAGAUGGGAAACAAGCUUUUAUUUACCUCUAGUAAAAAAGAGAUUUUCCCACUCAACUUGAAUGCAGCAUUGGGCCAACCUGAGCUGCCGUAGUGCGUCACACAUAACCAGUGCUGCCUGUAAAUGCUAACGAAAGCUUGACACAUGUUUUAAAAGUCAAGGGUGGAAACAAAAAGAUAUUGAGAUAACUGUUGACGGUAUUGCGCGUUUUUUCUUUGAAUAGCCAUAAUGUCUGCGUGUAAUUUUGGAUAAAACACACCAGUUCAGUUUUUAUCCUACCAAGCUAAUGUAGCUGGCCUUUUUUUGCAACCCAGGAAGAGCUGACAUCUCAGUGUUGGCUUCAUAUUAGCUGACAAAGUCAACAUAGGAGCCUAACUUUAAGAGAGCACCAGAUGCGGCUGAAGGACCCCUUCUCCUUGAAAGCCGCCGACAUGACUAAGCGGACUAAUAAACCAAGAAAACCUCGAGAUGAGGAAUCAUCAGAUGAAGUCAGCGGACUGACUUGCCAGCAUGUGAGUAGAGCAGUGGACCUGAACUCAGUAAAGAAAUCAGUCCUCUCGAGUGUGUGGUCGGUAUGCUCAGAGUGCCUAAAGGAAAGGACAAUGAUUGAUGGCGAGCCAGCAGCCUCUCAGGACAUUCUGGUGUGUCUAAAGUGUGGUUUUCAGGGCUGUAACCAGUCAGGGAUCCAGCAUGUUGUGAAGCAUCAACAGGCUUUCCACCCAGAGUCACACUGCAUCACCAUCAGUUUGAGCACAUGGAAGGCCUGGUGUUUCGAAUGCAGUGAAGAGCUCUCGACUCAUUGCAACAAGAAGGCCUUGGCUCAGAGCCUGGACUUUUUACAAAAGCACUCUGUCAAGGCAACAUCAGCAGUAUCACCCAAGAUCAUAAAACUCAGAGAAGAACCACCAGAUUAUGCUGACCCACCAAAAGGCAAGAGCUCAGUCAGCAGUGCUUUGGUCCCUGUUAAGGGAAUCAAUAACCUUGGUAACACCUGCUUCUUCAAUGCUGUUAUGCAGAACCUGUCCCAGACACACAUGCUCAUUGACCUUAUCCAAGAGGUGAAGGAGAAGGGGUACAAAUUGAGGAUCUGCCCCCCUCCAGAGACAAAUCUGAGUCCACUAACAGUAGUGCUGCCCAGUCCAGAACCCUUGACUGCCGCCAUGUUUGCCUUCCUCCACAACAUGAAGGAUCCAGGGAAAGGCUGUGUCAAUCCCAAAAUCCUCUUCAACCAACUCUGCCAAAAAGCUCCAUGCUUCAAGGGCUACCAACAACAAGACAGCCAGGAGCUUCUGCACUACUUACUGGACUCCAUACGAGUAGAAGAAACUAAAAGGGUGAAAGCAGGCAUUUUAAAGGCGUUCAACAAUCCUACAGAGAAGACAGCAGACGAGGAGACCAAACGCCAAGUCAAAGCAUACGGGAAAGAAGGUGUGAAGAUGAACUUUGUCGACCGCAUCUUUGUCGGCGAGCUCACAAACACAAUCAUGUGUGAAGAGUGCGAGCACAUAUCCACAGUAAAGGAAGCCUUCAUUGACAUCUCUUUGCCCAUUAUAGAGGAGAGGAUAUCAAAACCUUCCAACCCUGGUAGGCUGGGGAAGGGCACCCGGGAGCAGGAGAGCCACACAGCUCACAGUGAGCAGGUUCCUUCUGCAACACACUCUGUCAACAGAAAUACCAGGAAGCUGAGUGGACAGAAGCAACAGAGCAGGAGGUCUUCCAGCUCUGUGGAGGAGAAAGGAGCAGGCUUUAGUGGGGACCGACCAGAGGACGAAGGUGUUGCAGGUGGAUCAAGCCACUGUGUCUCAGUUUGUAAGAUGGCGGCUGCCGGCAGCCUGUCGGACGGCAGCGAGAGAGACUCGGGCGCUCAAGACAGCAGCAAUGACGCCGACAGCGAGGCCUCUGAGAGCGAGUGGACGCCACGUUCCUCCAACCAGAGCCACAGGCACAUGUCUACCCCAUCAUCCACCUCCACCCUCACUCCGUCCCCUACGCCUGUCUCCGCCUCAUCUCCUUCUUCAUCGUCUUCCACAAGGCAAGGCGGCGCUGUGGAACAGCUAGUUAGCGCCGUCUCUAAAGUCAACCUGAGCUUCAGCUCUGGGGACUGCUCUCCAUCUGCACACUGUUCUCCAGAGGAGCACGGAGAAACACAGAGCCGAGACAAUCUCCACCAUCAGCACCACCAGGGGGCCUUCCAGGCUCUGUCCCACAGUUACACACCCAGUUCCAAGGAGUGCUCCAUCCAGUCCUGCCUCCACCAGUUCACCUCUGUGGAGCUGUUGAUGGGCAACAACAGGCUGCUCUGUGAGAGCUGCACUGAACGUAGGAUGAAGCAGCUGCGCAAGAGCAGCUCAGCAGAUAAGAAAGUGGAGAAGGUUUACACCAGCGCUAGGAAGCAGAUGCUCAUAUCCUCACUGCCUCCUGUCAUCACAUUGCACCUGAAACGCUUCCACCAGGCAGGGAUGAACCUCCGUAAGGUGAACCGCCAUGUUGACUUUCCUCUGAUCCUGGAUCUGGCUCCUUUCUGCUCUGCGUCCUGCAAGAACCUGGCAGUCGGUGAGCGUGUCCUCUACAGCCUGUACGGGAUUGUCGAACACAGUGGCUCAAUGCGUGGAGGCCACUACACUGCAUAUGUAAAAGUGCGCGCUCCACAGAGGAAAACAGAACAACAGCACAAGAACCUGUCAGGUGCCAGGGACACCUGCAGCAGCUCCCAGGGCCAGUGGGUGUAUGUCAGCGAUACCACAGUUCAGAUGGUACCAGAGUCAAGGGUACUCAACUCUCAGGCAUAUCUGCUCUUCUAUGAGGAAAUCCUCUAACAUGACAGAAGAAAGUAUUUAUCUCUAGAAAACCUCCUUUUGCUUUGUGUUGUUUUUGCAGAAGCCUGUAAACUCCUCUUACUGUAUCUUUGGGUGUUUUGGAGGCAAGAAAAGGGAAGGAUUUCACUGUAUACACCUUUGUAUUACUUAAAUUGGCACCUUUAAAUAUUGUAGAUGUAUAAAGGAUAAAAGGAUUUUAUUUUGUGGCUUAGAGAUUUUCAUUCAUGUUCUGUUUUUUAUUAUUAUUAAUAUCAUCAUUACUAUGAAAAGCCUGCUCUUUAAAAAGAGGCUAGGUGAAAACCAGAGUGUUAUUGAACCUGAGCUGUAACCCAAAUGUUACGGUCUGUCUCAGCCACAGUCACGUGCCUGAGAUGUAAAAUGCAUGAUAGUUUACAACUAUAACUAACUGGAAGUGGCAGAAUUUUACUGCAUGCUAACCUGUACCCGGUGCCUAUGAGUUGGUGUCGGUUGCGUGUAUUUGUGUGGGUGAGUGAGCGAGAGACCAGUGAAUGUAGUUUGAAGGUGCUGUGUACCAUUUUCACAUCAGUAAAUGAUCGCCAGCUUAAAUCAGACUUGGCAGUCUGGUUGUGUUAUGAAUGUAAAUGCUCCACACAAAAUAUUUGAAUUGUGAGGCAAUGGCUUCAGUGAGAGCGUGAUCAUUAGUGACAGUAAAGACGAAUAUAGACGAGGAGGAGCCGAGAAGCAGCAUUCUGUGGAGUUCACUGGAAUCUGUGUUUGUACAUUUGAGACACCCAGUCUGAAAAAUCAGCCUUGGCUCUGUUGACGCAGGAUACACACUGGCUUAACAUACUGACUGAAGUUGCCACACAGCACCUUUAAAGAAGUAGCACAACAUUAUUCUACUUCGGCCUUUUUCAAAAGGAUUGUUUUCUUAAAAUCAGAAUGUAUAAAUGUCUGACUAUCAGUGAAUUGAAUUUGCCAAAGACAAGUUUGUUUGGUUUUUUAUUUCUGCGGCAAGUUUGAGCUGAGUUUCUUUAACAUACUCUCCCUCAAGGUCAUCGGUGUAGUUCUCCCCCCCCGCAGGCAGGCGCACUUGAUGUUUAUCGCAUCACGCAUCACUUCUUCUGCCUUCAUUGUAUUUCAGCUCCACCCGAACACACGAAAGUGUCAGACAGUCAGCACCACAACAGACUUGCUCUUCAUUCUCUAAUGCCAUGAAUAAGCUUGAGCAUAAAAGAAGAAAAAAAUGAGAGAAACAUGUUAGAAAACAGUUUAAAGGCUUAAAAAAAGGCUAAUAAGAAAAACCUCUUUCUGUAAUGUGCAUGGGUUGAUGUUCUAAUGAAUGUAUUGCCUAUUCUUCAAAUGUCCAUGACAAAUGACCUGUUUUUUGUUUUUCUAUGAAAAUAUUUUAGAUUCAACUACUUUUAUUUCUCCUGCUUUGCCAAACGAUUAGACAGAAAAGAGUUCAACGUAUGCAUCCGAGUUUAUGAAUUAUGUUCGACUGCGACAGAAAAAAUACAAAAUCUGUGCCUCUCUUCACGGUUAAGAAACCCGUGGAUGGUGAGAAGACAACUUGCAAUCAUAUAAAGAGGGAUAUGCGUGGGUUAUUUAUGUACAGUAUUGCUUACUGUAAGCAAAAACAGUACUGAGUGUAUGUAAUUGUACAUAUAGGACAAUACAAAACUCAUGGUGCUCCAGGCGUGCAGGGUUUCCUUCCUCAAGACAAAUUCUUGCUCCCAGAAAAAUAUUUAAAUUUGCUUAUGGAAUGAACAUAAAACAUAAUGUAUAAAAAUAAACCUAAUUUAUGAACAGUA